GCUUGGACUCUGGCUGGCGGCUUCCUCUUCUGUACCUGAAUGUCAGAUGCCUUGUUUGUUCUUAGCAGCAGCAACUUGGGAGCUCUAGGAUGAGUCGCUGGUUUUCCUGCGCCCUGAAAAACACCCUGACUGCAGACUGGAACAAAUAUGAUGAUCGGUUAAUGAAGGCAGCUGAACGGGGCGAUGUGGAGAAGAUCGCAUCUGUCCUUUCCAAGAAGGGGGUGAAUCCCACCAAAUUGGAUGUGGAAGGGAGAUCAGCAUUCCACGUUGUAGCAUCAAAGGGGAACCUUGACUGUCUGAAUACCAUUCUUGUACAUGGAGUUGACCUUGUAGCUACUGAUGCUGUAGGAAGGAAUGCUCUGCACCUGGCGGCAAAAUACGGCCACGCGCUCUGCCUGCAAAAACUGCUACAGUACAACUGCCCGACUGAAAAUGUGGACCUGCAGGGCCGAACUGCUCUGCACGAUGCAGCCAUGUCCGACUGUCCCUCCAGCAUCCAGCUACUGUGUGAUCACGGAGCCUCCGUGAACGCCAGAGACGCAGAUGGAAGGACGCCACUGGUGCUGGCCACUCAGAUGUGCCGUCCAAUAAUAUGUCAGCUUCUGCUAGACAGAGGUGCUGAUGUGAAUGCGAGAGACAAGCAGAACCGGACCGCUCUGAUGUUAGGCUGCGAGUAUGGUUGCAAGGAUGCCGUGGAAGUUUUGCUCAGGAGCGGUGCGGAUAUCUCGUUGGUUGAUGCCCUCGGCCACGACUGUUCUUACUAUGCACGGAUUGGUGACAGCGUAGACAUUUUGCAGCUAAUAAAAGGUGCCUUGGAGGAGUCCAGCAAGAGUACGUCGCCUUUUCUUUUACUUGGAGACCUGCCCAGUGCCUCAGAGGAAGCAGCCUUCAAGCCGUAUCAGAAGGAUCAUCGUAAUGUACAGGAAUUGGAAAGGGAGAACGAAGACUUGAAGGGCAGGAUGCGGGAGAUCCAGCAGGAGCACCGGAUCCUACUAGAGCGGAUAAAUGGGCUGCAGCUGCAGCUGAAUGAGGAACAAAUGGUUGCUGAUGAUCUUGAAAGUGAGAAGGAUGAACUUGGAAGGCUCCUGACAGCGAAGGAGAAGCAGCAGGAGGAAAGCUUGCGAGCUCUUGAGGCUCUGAAGUCGAAGCUGAGAUUCUAUGAGAGUGACCAUGCAGUGGCUGGAAGUGGUUUUGGUAACAGGAAAGAAGAAGUUCUGCUUAAGCAGGGUCCAGGAUAUUCUGUGGAACAGCAGCAUGGAUCUGCCUCACUGUCAACUAACUUGCAGAGCAGGUCGAUGGUGAGACCUUUGGAACUCUCAAGUCCGAGUCCCUCUUCGGUCUCGGAGGCCGAGCCCCUGAAGCGAGAGCUGAGCCACCUGCGGAGCUGCUACGAGAGUGCCAGGGGGGAGGUGGGCAAGCUCCAGCUGGAGCUGUCCCACAAGACAGCCGAGUGCCGGGCCUUGGCGUCCGAGUGCGAGAGGACCAAGCAGGAGUCUGACCGGCAGAUCAAGCAACUUGAAGAUGCGUUGAAGGACGUCCAGAAGAGAAUGUUUGACUCGGAAGGGAAGGUCAAGCAGAUGCAGACGCACUUCCUGGCCUUGAAGGAUCACCUGACCAGUGAAGCGGCCGUGGGCACUGGCAAGAUGGCGGAAGAGCUGAAGGCGCAGCUGAGGGACAUGAAGGCCAAGUACGAGGGGGCCUCCGCCGAAGUGGGCAAGCUGCGGAACCAGCUGAAGCAGAACGAGCUCUUGGUUGAGGAGUUCAGGAGAGAUGAAGGGAAGCUGCUGGAGGAGAACAGGCGGUUGCAGAAGGAGUUCAGCAUGUUGAGGAUGGAAUGCGAGAGGAAGGAAAAGCGGCUUUUGGAGGCUGAGGGCCGGCUGAAGGAGUCCAUGGCAAAAUUUGAAAAAAUGAAGAGUUCGCUUUCCAGUGAGGUUGAUGAGAGGGCCUGGAAGUUAGCAGAAGUGGAGGAAGAGCGCAAGAAACUGCAGGAAGAGGCACAGCUGCUCAGGGCACAACUCGAGAUGCAGCAAGCUCAGCUUGCUCAGUCCGUGAGGCUGGAAGAGCACAGGCAGCUGAAGAGCAGGUGCGAGCAGAGGACCCAGGAGCUGGAGAGGGGGCACUCGGAGCUGGUGCUGCAAAACCAGGCCUUGCGGGAGGAGGUGGAGCGAGUGAAUGCCGAGAGCAGCCUGCUGAAGGAGCAGAUGGACGCGCUCCGCAGCGAGAUGAAAAGCCGGUACGUGCCUUUGGAAGCCACAGAAGAGCUGAAGAAAGCAAACAAGAAGACGCUGGAGGAGUUGAACGGGAGGCUCGUGGAAGCCUCUGAGAAGUGUCACGGAUACAAAGCAGAGGUGGAAAAGCUGCUGGCAGAAAAGGCCGCCCUAAGGGAGAACCUGGCUCAGCUGCAGGCUGUUUAUGGCCCUCUAGGAGGAAAGCACCAGGAGGAGGCGGCGGCCUUGAAAUCCACCAUCGCUGACCUGCAGCAGCAGCUUGCCAAGCUGGGCCAGAUGUCUGACGAGGAGAGAGCCAGGGCCAGCAAACUCGUCGCUGAGAAUGCAUCUCUUCAAGAGAUAAUGCAGGAGCAGUAUGUGCCGGUUUCAACUCACGAGGAGACCAAGCAGGAGUUGAACGGCAUGCUGGGGAAAGCAGGCCAGGAACUGAUGGAUCUGAAAGACAAAAUGGAAGGUGUUAAACAAGAAUUUGUGAAAAGGAGUGAAGAGAAUGCAGCAUUAAAAAAGAAGCUAAGAGUUCUACAGAACCAGAUUGAAGAGGAGUACAUAAGCAAGAGAGAUCAUGACGAUCGGAUGUCUGCCCUGAACAGAAACAUCCAAGAGCUCCAGCAAAGCAACGCCGAAAUGCUGGGGAAGUGCCAGGCCAAACAAGAAGAGGUGUCACAGCUGCAUUCUGAGAUUGAAGCCCAGAAGAAGGAGCUGGACACGAUCCAGGAGUGCCUCCAGUCCAAGUAUGCCCCCCUUGCCAGUUUUGAGGACAAGGAGCGGACUUUCGAGGCCACACUGAGAGAGCUGCAGAGUAAGUUGCUGGAACAGGAAAAGCAGUGCAGAGGACAAGAGGAGGAGGCAAAGAAAUGCCGGCAGGAGAACGAAAAGUUACGGGCCGGGAUCCAGUCGAUCCAAAAUGACCUGCAGCAGAACUACAUCCUGGCCGAAAAGUCGCACGAAAUGGAGAGGGCGUUCACAGGCAAGAUGGAUGCCCUGAACAAGCAGCUGCAGGAGCUCCGGCAGAAGUUUGCGGAAAUACAGGGCGAAAAGGAGCGGCUCCAGGAAGAAAGCGCCAGGCAGUGCUCGGAGGCCGCCGAGGCCCAGAGCCGCCUCCAGGGCCAGUAUGUGCCAGUGGAGCAGGUGGAAGCCUUAAAGCGGGAGCUCGGCGACACCGUCGAGGACCUCAAAAGAGAGCUGAGUGACAAGACGGCAAGUUGGCAGCAAGAGCUUCAGAAGACCCAGGAGCUGCAGCAGGAUCUGGCCGGCCUCAGGGCCACAUCGGUACCUCUGGCAGAGCACACGCAAAUAAAGGAAGCGCUAGAGAGAGAGGCGGUAGCCCUCAAAGCCACCUUGACAGAGAAGGAAGAGGAGAGCCAGAGGAGGAGAGAGGAUGUCUCCCGGCUGCAGGCCGAAAUCCAAAGCACAAAGCAGGCGCUGCAGAAACUGGAGAGUCGGGAGGUGGUGGAGCGCUCUGAGCACGAGGCCGUGAAAAACAGCCUGGAGGAGAAACUGGCGGACUUGAAUAAGAGGUUUGAGGCCGUGCAGGAAGAGGCCGCGCAGGCCCGGGCGGAGGAGCUGCCCCCCAGGGGCGAUGAGGAGGAGCUGCAGCCCCGGAGCUUCAGCAUAGAGCAAGAGAUCCAGGACCAGAAGGAGAGGUGUGACAAGUCUCUGAGCACCAUCACGGAGCUGCAGCAGAGGAUCCAGGAGUCUGCAAAGCAGGUGGAGGCCAAGGACAACAAGAUAACGGAACUCCUGAACGACGUGGAGCGGCUGAAGCAGGCCCUCAAUGGCCUUUCCCAGCUGACGUACAGCAACGUCGUUCCGACCAAGAGGCAGAAUCAGCAGGCAGAAGCCCUCCAGAGCCAGGUGAAGACCCUGCAGCAACAGCUGGCUGAUGCUGAGAGGCAGCACCAGGAGGUCAUCUCAAUAUACCGGACUCACCUUCUUAGUGCUGUCCAGGGUCACAUGGAUGAAGAUGUCCAAGCGGCCUUACUUCAGAUCCUCCGAAUGCGGCAGGGGCUGGUCUGCUAGUGGGGUAGCUGCUGCUGUUGG